AUUUACUCUGGAGAAUUAACAAUAAGCUCCUCCCUUUGCCUUUAUCACUUCGAACAUUUCCUAAUUGCAGCAAAAUAUAAUCUGAUGUUGCUUAAAGCCACCAAACUGAGGUCAGGUCUGUGUGAACCGUGGGGGCUGGGCAGCUGGAUCCCCCUGAUAAUUAUCAAACUCUGGUAUAAUUCCAGUACAGCAGUGUACUGAGUGUGAAGGAAUACAAAGAGUAGCCAAUCGCGCCCCCCCCCCCCCUAAUAUGAAAUUUCAUUACAACGGCACUUGGGGUGUAGUAAGAAAAGGAAAUUCUGGAGGAGCAUCUCCGAACCUCCUCCUUUUUACUCGGCUCACUUACCUCACCUACAUUUUCAUGCCUUUGUUUAAAGUUUCUGCUAACUCCCCCUUUGCCUAGUCAUACUUGCGGCAUUCCUGUAUCCAACGUUCUGACCCGCAAUGUUUUACUUUAUUCAAAGUACUACAUCUUUCCCUAGAACUUCUAUAACGCCUUUUAGGUUGGGAGCAUCAUUUGUUGUUCGUUAGACUUAGUGGGAAACGAAGUUUCAUAAUUUUUCAUCAUUUCUAGGGGCGGGAGGGGGGUGUACGAGUCCCUAAGAAAGUCAUGGCCGCUGAGCCCCUGCAUGAGAUCUUCCAGUUUCCAAGGGGCCAGAUUUUGGAAAUUUGACGCCAAUUCAUUACAAAAAGGGCAGUCCAAAAUAUGGACGCCUCUAAUUGGUUUCAAAAACAUGGAAUCUUGCCUUGAAUCAGGGCCCUAGCAGCAUCGAGCCUACCAUAGAGCCCCAACCACACCCCCCCCCCCAUAGUGGUUGUGAUUCACGCAUUCACGCACAAUUUUUUGACUUUUCACGCAUUCAUGCACUGCAAAAUUGGUUUUUUACGUACCAAAUUGAGGCAAUUUUUUAAAUUAUCAUUCAAAAUUUCAUUCAAGAAUUCACGGAUAGUUAAGGCCUUUUCACGACGUAACCCAAGGAAAACCCACCCUUCACGUAGGAAUCUUAAUCCUGUUCUACCAUUUCUCCCUCAGCACCAACACUGCCCCUUCUGCCUCAAUCUUGUGCAGGCGUCCCUGGCAAAGAUCAUUUACCCUAUUGUUUUCUCGACUAUUAGUUAUUCUCAUUUCUUAAUUUCAACCAGGGGCUUCAUUUGACUUGAGGGUUAAAAGGGGGGCAGAGUCCAGAAGUUGUCAAUCUUCCUCCGGCCAAAAAAUCUAGAUAUUAAACCUUCCUCAUUUUAAAGGGUUUUAAAUUGGUGCUGUUAAGGAAAUUGGGGGUACUUAACCAGUAGUAAUCCCUUGUUCUUGCAAUUCUGUUUUUCAAAACAUUUUUAAAAAAAUGUAGCAUAUUUUCAAUUUUAGAACUUUUUGGACAGAUGUAAAGCUAUAUGCUUUUAUCAAUUAACAACAAUAGCGUGUCACAACUUAAAUAUAUAAAUUAUGAAAAGUUAAUGCCUUAAUUUAACAAUGCAAAGAAUUAAAAAAACGUGAGGUUUAAAAAUAUUUAUUGUUUUUUAUUAUUUGUCUGUCUUUGUUUUGAAAACGAAAAGCCAAUAUGAAUCUUUAGACUUCCUUAAGUUUCCGAAUUUUUGGUCACCCUACUCAGUUCCUUUUGUCUCUACAACCUUCCUCUGUUUCUCUGACUCAGUUGAGAAAUAUAUAAAAUAUGCUUAAUGUUUAAUCCUCAAUUUCUCUGACGCAAAAAAAUUAUCUGCGUAGAAAGAAUAAAGGGUGGGGUGGGCCCCCAGAUUCUUUACAAUAACACCCAGGCAUCCAGUUGCUGUUCACCACUGCUUAUCAAACGUCCAAAAGUAACAUACUAAUAUUUUUAUCUCGCAGAGGAUUGUUUAUUUAUAAUCAGUUGAGAAAAAAUGAUUCUGUAGCUUUACAAGCCUCCCUCAUGCCACUGGAUAUUUUUGUAUGGUUCUUCUGUUAAUACUCUUAUGUUCAUGUUCUAUUGUUAAACAAAUUCCAUUUUUUCCGCUUAAAGGUUUAUUUUAAAACUAUUGAAAGACUUUUACCGUCCUCAUCCCAAAAUCGAGACAGAUAAAUCUAUAGGUAUUUGACAGAUAUCGAGACAGAUAGUCCAUAGUAAUAAAAAAGUAUAUAAGUAUUUGAAGAGCUUCUAGAAACUUCAUUCGGUCCCACACAUUUGUGAGUAUUUAAGAUUUCUGGCUAUCUCUAGACUGCCAUUUUCUCAAAAACAUCUUACCGAGAACAGUGACGUAGAUAGGAAAAUCCAAAUAAGGAGCGAGAAAAUUAGAUUUGCCCACAAAAAUCUAGCAAUUUGAAUAUAAUUAUAAAUUUGAACAUAACAUAACGACAUUGAUAAUGAAAGAAGACAGCAGAUAAACUCUUAUCAUUCUUUCAUAUGUCUAGUGUCAUAAAUUAUAGUACUUGAAUAUUUUCUGGACUUCACCUAUAGACAACCGUGUAUAAUUUUCGACAAAAUCAGAUGUUUAGCAACGAAAUAAAUGACAGAGAAUAACCAUAGCUUUUUGGGUAUAACGAUAAAGUAAAAGCUUGCAAAUAUUUCAUAAGAUCUUUAUCCAUGGGCGUAGUGUGUGGGAGGAUGUUGGGGGAUUAGUUUCUGGCAAUUAUCCUAGCUGAAACUGAUGAAGCAGAGACACAAGGUGAAGCCUCUGAGGUUCAAGUAAGUCUCAUAGUUACAUAUAAAGAUAAAAACUUAUUAUAGUUGAAAUUAAUAAUUGGUUGUACAUGAAUAACACUUACAAUUGACUUGCAAAAUUUUAGAAAAAUCUAUUUACAAGAUUUUCCAAGUUUGGUACCGUAUUUUCGCGCUAGUGAGCGGACGUGUUUUAUUUGGCGGUAACAUGAAAGAACUUGAAAUACUUCACGCUGUCAAAUAACUAAUUUGGUGAACUCUUUUUAUGUUUUUUUUCUUUUAAUUUUAUGUUUUAAAAUGACACAGAGUUUAAAUAAUAUUUAUAAAAAUGGAGAUGAAUAAAGAAAUCAAAGACUUCAUUUUACAAAGCUUGAGUGCUGUGGAAAAUCGCCUUGGUAAAACAAUUGCUGGAAUCCAAGACACAGUAAAAACAGAAAUAGAAAAUACUCUUGGCUCUCGUCUAACAAACAUUGAAAAAAAACUGGUUGACAUUGAAAACUCUCAACAAUUUCAAGCCGACCAAUACGAAACUUUUCGGACACAAGUUGGGAAUCUUAUGCGUGAGAACAUUGAACUGAAAAAGGAAAACGAAAGUUUGGCCUCUCGUAUCAUCAAGCUAGAGAAGAAAGACGAUCAACGUGCUAAAACAAUUGAUGACCUUGAGCAGUAUGGUAGGAGAGAAAUGCUUGAGUUUGGUGGUAUUCCGCGCGAUGAUAAGGAAAAUUGUGAAGUAAUAGUCCUUAACAUAGCAGAAAAAAUUGAUAUCCCACUAAAGGAAGACGACAUCGAAGCAUGCCAUCGCAUUUCACGCAGGCCUGAUGCCCCUAUAAUCGUCAAAUUCAAAUCGAGGAAAAAGAAGGAGCAAUUCAUGUCAAAAGAGUCAAAAACCAAAGCUAAGAAACUUCGCACCACAGAUCUCGGUUACGAUUUGCAGCCCGACCCUAAUAACCCAAACAAAGGAAAAAUCUUCAUCAACGAAAGCCUGACCAGCUGUCUCAAAAACCUACUGCGCCUAACGAAGAUCAAAAAACAAGAAAUGAACAUUAAAUUCAUCUGGACACGAAAUGGCUCAAUAUUCUUACGAAAAGAUGAAAAGGCCCCAGCCCUUAAGGUAAAUUUCAUUGCGGACCUGGAUAAAAUAGAGUGAGAUACUUUUUUUCCUUUUCUUCUGUUCAGCCAUUAUUCAAAAACAGUUUUUAUUAAUUUUAUAUCUAAUUUAUGUAACUUUCAAAUACCUACAAACAACCCUUAAAAAUAAAAAUGAGUGAAAACAGACUCUG